AUGAAUUUGCUGCUAUAAAAAGAAGACAAAACUCUCCAUCUCCUUUAUCUUCUCAUCAUCUUUAAUUUCUGCAGUGAAUUCGAGCUAAUUCUUGUUCAUCUCAAUCAAUAUGAUGGCCCGCGUCCUUUCGGCGUUCUGUAAUGGCAUUGUUUUGAGCAGCCGAAAAUUGUCAUCAUCGACGGCAUUUACCGGAAAGGAGAUGCUGGAGGAGAAGGAAGCUCUAAUCAAGGAAAUGAAGAAAUUGGGAUCGGCAACAUCGGAUGCGGCGGCGGCCCCGACGCAUUGGAUCCCUGAUCCUGUCACCGGCUAUUACCGACCGGCGAACAGCCUCAAUGAGAUAGAUCCAGCCGAGCUGCGCCAAAAGUUUCUCAACUACGAGAAAAAAGUUUAAGCGUUAGACAACGUUAAAUGUAUUUAUAGUGGUUUUGUGAUUCUUCAUCUGUUGGCUGCAUAACUUAAUUGAUUUUUGCAGUGCUAAUAAUCAAAUAUUUUUAUAAUUUUUUUAAUGAUUUUUUUUGUAGCAACUAAUCCAUAUUUAUGCAUGGUAGGAAACUUCGGAUCUGGUCACAGUCCGAAUUCAAUCAACC